GCGUGCGUGCGCGUUCUGGAGGAGGUGCCGCCGCCGCUCCCGAGGCCGCCGCCGCCGCCGCUGCUGUCGCCGCGCAGAGCCGGAGCAGGAGCCACGGCCGAGAGGAGGGAGGAGGAGGAGGAGGAGGUGGAGGAGGUGGAGGAGGCGCCGGACCGGGGGGAUCGUCAGUAUUUAAACAGAUCACAUCAUGCGUGAGUACAAGCUAGUGGUCCUUGGUUCAGGAGGCGUUGGGAAGUCUGCUCUGACAGUUCAGUUUGUUCAGGGAAUUUUUGUUGAAAAAUAUGACCCAACGAUAGAAGAUUCCUACAGAAAGCAAGUUGAAGUCGAUUGCCAACAGUGUAUGCUCGAAAUCCUGGAUACUGCAGGGACAGAGCAAUUUACAGCAAUGAGGGAUUUGUAUAUGAAGAACGGCCAAGGUUUUGCACUAGUAUAUUCUAUUACAGCUCAGUCCACGUUUAACGACUUACAGGACCUGAGGGAACAGAUUUUACGGGUUAAGGACACGGAAGAUGUUCCAAUGAUUUUGGUUGGCAAUAAAUGUGACCUGGAAGAUGAGCGAGUAGUUGGCAAAGAGCAGGGCCAGAAUUUAGCAAGACAGUGGUGUAACUGUGCCUUUUUAGAAUCUUCUGCAAAGUCAAAGAUCAAUGUUAACGAGAUAUUUUAUGACCUGGUCAGACAGAUAAAUAGGAAAACACCAGUGGAAAAGAAGAAGCCUAAAAAGAAAUCAUGUCUGCUGCUCUAGGCCCAAAGUCAGCAGCAGCUCUGAGCCAGGUAAGAUGCUAAAAGCAGAACAAGUGCCUUUCUCAUCCUCCUGUUUUGGCUUUUUCCAGACUUUAGCUACUUCCCAUUUCAUCUGUUAUGGUAUUUCUAAGCUUCUGUAACUUGUAAAUGUGAUAUAUAACUUGUAGGUACAGUCAUCUGUUGGAUAACUUGCCCUCUCCCCUUGAGAUUCUAAGCUCUCUGACAGCAAGGACCAUGUCUGUUUUUUCUUGCCACUGUGUCCCCGGUGCCUGAUACAGAGUUGGGUUUUAAAAAAUAGUGGUUGAAUGAAUAGAACGCCUUCCUAGAUGACUCCCAAAUUCAUUCUUAAUUGAAGUGAAACAGUAGUUGCUCUGAAAAAGUUUAAGUGCACAUUUGGUGAAUUAUCCCGAAGUGACAUACCGUAUAUAACAAGAGUCACCCUUCCCCAAAUUAAAUGAAAACUCUGCCCUGAUUUCUAACUCCAUGGAUUAGUUUUGCCUCUCUUUGAACUUUACAUAAACAAAAACGUAGUGUAUUUUUCUGUGUCUGGCUUCUUGCACUCCAAAAUAUGUUUUUGAGAAUUGUUUAUGUUAAAUGUGUCAAUAGUUCAUUUUUAUUGCAUGACAGUACUGGCAGUAUGUUUAUGUAUUCUGCUGUUGGUAUUCAUUUAAGUUCUUUCUUUGGGGGAAUUAGUAUGAAUAAUUCUGUACACAUUCCUAUAUGUCUUUGUGCACAUGUACAUGCAUUUCUGUUGGUUAUAUAUCUAAGAAUGGAAUGGCCAGAUCGUAUACUAUACAUAUGCACAGCUUUAGUAGAUACUGCUAAAAAGUUUUUCAAAGAGGCUGUACCAGUUUACGCACCCUGCAACGGUUUUUGAGUUCUGCAUCCUCCCCAAAAUUGAUAUUGUCAGUCUUCUUAACUUGACCCAUUCCAGGAGACGUGUGGUGGUGUAUCAGUGUAAUUUUGGUAGUCAUUUCCCUCUCUGGUAUGAGUCAGCUUCUUUCAAAUAAAGGUUUUCUAUUUGGGCUUCUAAGUAUUAGUUGAUAUUACCAUUUUAGUUUCCACUAAGUGACCCCAUUGGAAAGAAAUUUAUGAUAGCAUUUAAGCUGACUAUCAAGUGAGAAACCAGGAUCUAUGGGGACUUUUUUCUUUAAUUUGUAUUGUAUUUAAAUCCCCUGAAGGUUUCUACUUUAUCAAUUCUAUAAAUAAUACCAUAAAAGAUUAUUUUCAUGGAGUGGAUUUAUUACAUAAUUUGAUGCUUAUUACAUGAUUAUUACUAAACUUGGUCUCCAGUUGGAGUAAACUGGUCCCACUGGAAAGUUGGUUACACUAACUCUUGUAAGUCUCUUGGUCCAUUUAGUAGAUUAUCCCUUAAGAGCUCCCAAUUAACUACUAUGUGCUUCCUUAGAGAUAUGAAUCUCUCUAUUAAGGGAAACACCUGAGUAAUUGUAGUUCCUUUUUUAAAUGAAGGUACAUAGAGGAAAAAUGGGCAGAAAGGAGAAAAGGGCCUAGGGAUUAUCUCUGAUAGUCAGAUUUAGGAAAGAGCAUCUGGCUAAUGUUUGCUUUAGGCUUUUAAUGAAAUCUUAAUUCAAUAACUUUUUUUCUUUUUUUGAGACGGAGUCUCGCCCUGUCACCCAGGCUGGAGUGCAGUGGCGCACUCUGCUCACUGCAACCUCCGCCUCCCUGGGUUCAAGCGAUGCUUCUGCCUUAACCUCCCGAGUAGCUGGGACUUCAGGUGUGCACCACCAUUCCCGGCUAAUUUUUGUAUUUUUAGUAGAGACGAGGUUUCACUACAUUGGCCUGGCUGGUCUCAAACUCCUGACCUCAGGUGAUCCGAUCCACCUGCCUUGACCUCCCAAAGUGCUGGGAUUACAGGCGUGAGCCACCGUGCCUGGCCUUGAUUCAAUAACUAAAUCAUCAGUUCCCUGAAAGUGAUUAUUAAGAUUACUGGUGUAUGUGUUUGUUUAGGUAAAGGUGCAAAGAUAGAGAAAAUGAAGACUCCAGUUCCAGUUCUUAAAUACUAUACUAUUUAACUCUGUUAUAGUUGACUGGCUCAUUGACAGCUCAUUACCAUGGCUGGCCCUAGUUUAAUUUCCAGUUCUCACAAAAUAUCCUUUUAGCUUAUGUUAAAGGAAAAGGUGCCAUCUCCUGGCCUGUUACGAUUUUUAAAAUUCAUUUAUACACACCCAACAAUGUGACAGUCCCUUGGGAGUUUUACCUUAGAGAAGAUAAAUCUUGACCUAGAUCUGGAAUAAGACUUUAGUCCUGCUUGCAUAAAUUCUUAGACUCUGAUGUGUGAUAAAGUUUACUUAAUAAGUCAUCCAAGAUCUCUGUGGAUGUUUGAUAAUACCAAAUAAUAGGUGACUUAGCAAUCAGACUACUUUGCGUACAUUUUACUGUGAUUAUAGACUUGAAGUGCCAUGUCGUUCCUGUACUUUUAAAAGUACUGAGAUACAGGAUAGAUUUAAAUAGAAAGUAUAAACGUUUUUAGUAAGAGUACAUGAACUCUGAGGGCAGCUUAUCUAGUCCAUAGCCUUUAGGCAAAAUUGUAUUGAAUCAUGUUAAUCUCCUUUUUAUAUGUCCCAGUUUUAAAGACAUCUGAGAGAAAUUCAUCGUCUGGAUUCUUUUACCUAAUUCUUGUCUGUUGACAAUAAGACUAACUUUGAUUCUUCUGCUCUUGACUAUGGGGAUUAGCUCUUUCUGUAUCAUCCCUUGCCUUAACCUGUAUUAGAAAUGGUAAUUCUAAUAUAUAAUCAUAAAAUGCUUGAAUAAAGAAUGUCUUAUGGAAAGUUUAUGGAGGCAGGUGUGUCCUUUAGUAAAAAAGGAAAGUAAAAAUAAGAUGGUAAUGAGAUAGAAUAAAAAUAUCAUUGUCUUCCUUUGUACAGACAGGAUUGUCAGAUGUAAUGGGAAACACUAAAUAUAAUUGAGUUAUAACUAAGUAUAACUGAGGAUAAUUCAAGUUGAUCAAUUAUAGACUCCUCUUGUAAACUUCUAUUUUUGAUUUUUUAAAACAUUUUUAAAGGGAAUUUAAAAUAGCACUGUUACUGUAGCUGUGUAGCAUAAUUUAGUUCUCAAGUUAUGAUCAGCUAAAAUCAUUAUUUUUUUAUUUUAUUGAAUACCUGCUUGUUUAGUACCAUUUUCUGACAUCAAGAGAUUAACCAUACAUAUAUGUAUAUCUGUAUCCAAUGUCUUAGAUUACAGGAAUGAAGAACUGUUGCCUAAUUGGAAAGUGCCAGCAUUCCAGACUUCAAAAAUAAAAAAUCUGAAGAGGCUUCUCCUGUUUUAUAUAUUAUGUGAAGAAUUUAGAUCUUAUAUUCGUUUGCACAAGUUCCCUGGAGAAAAAAAUUGCUCUGUGUAUAUCUCUUGGAAAAUAAGACAAUAGUAUUUCUCCUUUGCAAUAGCAGUUAUAACAGAUGUGAAAAUAUACUUGACUCUAAUAUGAUUAUACAAAAGAGCAUGGAUGCAUUUCAAAUGUUAGAUAUUGCUACUAUAAUCAAAUGAUUUCAUAUUGACCUUUUUAUCAUGAUUCCUCCCUAUCAAGCACUAAAAAGUUGAACCAUUAUACUUUAUAUCUGUAAUGAUAUUGAUUAUGAAAUGUCCCCUCAAACUCAUUGCAGCAGAUAACUUUUUUGAGUCAUUGACUUCAUUUUAUAUUUAAAAAAUUAUGGAAUAUCAUCUGUCAUUAUAUUCUAAUUAAAUUGUGCAUAAUGCUUUGGAAAUGGGUCUUUUAUAGAAAAAAACUGGGAUAACUGAUUUCUAUGGCUUUCAAAGCUAAAAUAUAUAAUAUACUAAACCAACUCUAAUAUUGCUUCUUGUGUUUUACUGUCAGAUUAAAUUACAGCUUUUAUGGAUGAUUAAAUUUUAGUACAUUUUCA